UGUGUCAACAAGCCCCGCCCACUGUAAACAUGGUAACGCCUAUGGCCGCUCCGCCCAGGAGAUUUCUGUAGCCUCCGCUGAAUGAGCGGCGGUUCGCCUGAGCAUGGGGUCUGUUAGGAACGGAUACCGGGAGCGGCUGGUGCUGGCCGUGGACGUCGGGAGCACGAUUCUACGUUGUCACGUGUACAACGCGUCCGCAGAGACUUGUGGGAGCGCGGAGGACAAGUUAAAGGUUUUGUACCCUCACCGUGGACAUGUGGAGCUCGACCCUGAAGAACUAUGGAAGCAGUUUGUGACCGUGGUGAAAGAGGCAGCGAAAGAUGCAGGGGUCCAUUUAAGCCAAAUCGCUGGUCUUGGCAUCUCCACACAAAGGGCAACUUUCAUUACCUGGAACAAGAAGACUGGAGAGCCUUUUCAUAAUUUUAUCAGCUGGCAGGACCUGCGGGCGGCAGAUCUGGUCAGUUCCUGGAACAGCUCUUUUACGUUGAAGGCUGUUCAUGGUUCCUGUAAAUUCCUCCACUUCUUCACACGAAGAAAGCGUUUUCUAGCAGCGAGCCUGAUCAAUUUCACCACUCAGCAUGUGUCCCUGCGGCUGGCGUGGGUCUUACAAAACAUCCCUGAGGUGCGUCAAGCGGCAGAAGAGGGAAAUUGCUGUUUUGGUACCAUUGACACAUGGCUGCUGUAUAAACUCACGAAUGGCUCUGUACACGCAACUGACUAUUCUAAUGCAAGUAGCACCGCCAUUUUUGACCCUUACUUGAUGAGCUGGAGCUCCUUCCUCUGCUCGCUGAUGUCCAUCCCUCUCUCUAUAUUUCCUCGUGUGGAGGACACCAGUCAUAACUUUGGAGAAGUGGAUUCCAGUAUUUUUGGAGCUCCAAUCCCGAUCCGGGCGUUGGUUGCAGACCAACAGGCUGCCAUGUUUGGCCAGUGCUGUUUUGAUGUGGGGGAUGUUAAAUUGACAAUGGGAACUGGAACAUUUAUGACCAUCAAUACUGGGACUAAUCUCCACACUUCUAUAGCCGGUCUAUACCCGCUAGUUGGCUGGAAGAUUGGCAAUGAGUUGGCGUGUUUAGCGGAGGGUAAUUCCUCCGAUACAGGGACUGCUAUCAAGUGGGCACAAGAGCUGAAUCUUUUCACAGAUUUUGCAGACACCGAGAUAAUGGUCAGAAAUGUCCCGGACUGUGAUGGGAUUUACUUCGUACCAUCCUUUUCAGGCCUGCAGGCUCCAGUGAAUGAUCCCUAUGCAUGUGCCUCCUUCAUGGGACUGAAGCCUUCCACCACAAAGUGCCACCUUGUACGAGCCAUAAUGGAGUCGGUUGCUUUUAGGAAUAGGCAGCUUUAUGACACCAUGCGGAGAGAGACCUCUAUUAAAAUCUCAAAAAUAAGGGCUGACGGAGGAGUCAGUAACAACAGCUUUGUGAUGCAGAUGACCGCAGAUCUAUUUGGCCAAACCAUUGAUAAACCAAAGCACACAGACAUGUCUUCCCUGGGAGCUGCUUUUCUAGCUGGCUUAGCUGUAGGAGUCUGGUCCACCAAAGAAGAAUUGAAGAAGCUUCGGCAUCCAGAAGUCUUGUAUGAACCACAGCGCAAACUCAAAGAUUAUGAGGCCUCCAUGUCUGGCUGGGAACUGGCCCUUCAGCGCUGCUCCAACUGGUAUAAUGACUCGUAGCUAAUGCCAUAACCAGUAUGGCCGGAGGACACAGGAGCAAUGGCGCAACACUAUGGACACCAACGUGGAUGUCAGCAGUUCCCUUUGAAGGAGACUAUAGUAUGAUGAGGGAUCUGGCUGACACAUCGGGUUAAAACUACCUAAAAAUGGAAUGAGAAGUGCACUUUCGUAUAUUUGUGCUGCUGUUUCUUACUUGUAUGUUAUGUCCAUAUAUCAGGGUAUUUUAUUCCCAUAUCUAGGCUUUCGGAGCUGCUGGUAUGGUGACUGAUGUGCCUUGAUGUUGUAGGCAAUGUCUUAAGAAGACACAGUCUUUCUAGCUGCAUUAUUGAGUUCUUUAGUUCCUGUGGUAUGGUCACAGUCUGCACACAGGCGGUACUGGUCCAGAUGGUAGUUAUUGUACAUGUGAUGGAUCAGUCUGAACAGCGGCAGCUUAGAUUCUUCACAGCACCAAAGUGUUGAUGCCACAAAAGUUGUGCUUGUGUUUGUGAUAUCUUUUCAUUGCCAAAAUGUUCUUAUUUUAUGGUGCUUUUAAUUGUACCUUAAAUAUCAGGGAAUUGUCUUAUGAGCAAUUUCCUGAUGUUAUGUCAGUUGCUAAAUCUAAAUGAAUGUGAAGGAUGGCAGUCCUAAAGUCCUAUGCAGCUUAUGUUAUCAUUAUAUUCUGUAAAGGUCAGUGCAGUAGAUCUUCAUGUCCGUGGGACUUGGCGCACUUAAAGGGGUUAUUCCUCACAUGGAUCCAGAGAUCUCCACAUUCACUGCUCCAAUUUCUCUGCUAGAUUUUUCAGAUCAGUGAGAGCUUUUAUUUUCAACUGGGGUUUAUGAUACCUGCUGAGGUGAGUAGUUCUGUACUGCAGUCGAAGGUCACGUCCAUGAAGCUGUAACAUGCUCCAUGCGGUAGACCUAUAUUUUGUGCCCAGAGUGGGACAAGAGAGAAAAAGCUUUGAGGUUCUGCUUUCUCCAGAUGGUUUGCGGUCCUGUUCUUCAUACUAAAUCCUCCUCUGUCGUACUGAGGUGUAUUACAGCUAUCUGAACACUGCCUAAGCACCACACGAAGGCUACUUUCACAACCCCGGUGUAUAACUCCGGCAUGGCUGUUCCGACAGACAAGUGGAGAAUCGGCCGGACACA